AUGUCGACUGAUCACCCACCCCAGAUGUUGUUUUUCGAUACAUUCGGCACAGUAGUGUCGUGGCGCACAUGCGUUACGGAAGAGCUGAGCGCAGCCGCCCUGCAUGCUGUGAGCCAUCCCUGCAAGGACCUCUCAGCCGACCUGCAGGACCGCGCUGCAGCCAUGACCUGGGAAGACUGGCUAGCAUUUGUCGCAGAUUGGCGACACUCUUAUAAUGUGUUCACCAGUACAUUCGAUCCGUCCAAUGGGUUUGUGUCAGUCGAUCAGCACCACUACAAUGCCCUUCAGGAUCUCUUGCAACAGCGCGGUCUGGACGGCCUGUUCACUGAUGAGAAGCUGUGGGAACUCUCAUUCGCCUGGCACCGGCUCAACCCCUGGCCGGACAGUGCCCAAGGUCUUGAAUUGUUGAACCGUCGGUUCGUUACUUCUACGCUGUCGAAUGGGAAUGUCUCUUUACUGCAGGAUCUCCAGCGACAUGGAUCACUGCCUUUCAAGCAUCUUGUUAGCGCAGAGAAUUUUAAAGCUUAUAAGCCUUCUCCGCUGGUUUAUGAGGGUGCUGCCAGGAAGUUUGGACUGGAACCAGGCCAGUGCGGACUGGUUGCGGCGCAUCUCGAGGAUUUAGAGGCCGCCAAGAGCUGUGGGUUUCAGACUAUCUAUGUUGAUCGUGAGAUGGAGGAAGAGUGGUCAAAGGAGCAGAUUUCAAAGGCCAAACCUGAAGGCUGGGUAGAUAUGUGGGUUCAUCUUGAGUCUGAUGGCUUCCGAGAGGUGGCUAGACGAUUUGGGAUUGAGUAA